AUGGAGCAGAUUCAUGGCAUGCAAGUGCGAGCAAUGCGAUUCACUAGGGCUGAUCUUUUGCAUUCCACGUAUAAGGCCAUGGAGGAGUUUCGGGCGGAAACCACAGUUGGGCUCAUCGCAUGUUGUCAGUGUGGUUUGCCUAUUCAACCAAAUGCGGCCAAUAUGUGCAGUGGCUGCAUUCGUUCAAAAGUCGAUAUCACAGAAGGGAUUGGUAGGUCAGCAACCAUUUAUAUAUGCAAGUUCUGUGAUCGUUAUUUCGUGCCCCCAAGUGGAUGGAUGCGUGCAGAGUUGGAAUCAAAAGAGCUUCUAUCCAUAUGCCUUAAGAAGUUAAAACCUCAGCUAUUGAAGGUGCGCUUGACCGAUGCCUGUUUUGUAUGGACGGAGCCACAUUCGAAGCGCGUAAAAGUAAAGCUGACCAUCCAGAAGGAGGUCUUUUCAAGUACAAUAUUGCAACAAACAUUUAUUGUCGAGUUUACCAUCCACAACCAGAUGUGUGACGAUUGUCGCCGAGCGGAGGCAAAAGAUUUUUGGCGAGCUUGCGUCCAAGUUCGGCAGAAGGCCGAAUUCAAGAAAACCCUUUUCUAUCUCGAACAACUUCUACUCAAACACAGUGCCCACAGCCAAUGCACAGGAGUGAAGCCCGUUCCAACUGGAAUCGAUUUCUUUUUCGCCAAACUUCAGGACGCUAGGAAAUUCGUUGAUUUCCUUAUGAUGGUGAAUUGGUUAUCACAUGACACGAAAAAUAACACGUAUGACUACAAACACACGUUCUGUGUGGAAAUUGUUCACAUAUGCAGGGACAAUAUAGUGUGCAUGCCUAAAAAAGUUGCCUCAACAUCUGGGUAA